GUCUGACCUGUUUUGACACGUUUUACCCGUAUAACAAACAAAUAAACCGAGCGAGAACGAAGCACUGCUCACUACUCAGCACCCAGCACUCCGAAACCGAAAUCGAAGUGAAGCAAACAACCGGAAAAGCUCGUCACGAUCCCCCCCAAGAGGUGCUCGGCGUCGUUUUACUCACGGCUACCACGAAACACCUGCUAGCACACCCAGGAAGCGACGGACAGCGACAAGGGCCCCCCUGAACCAGCAAAAUGGACUCUGCCGCAGCUUCAAUGGAGCUCAAGGACAACACGGUUAUCGUGGUCCUUGGUGCCUCGGGAGAUCUGGCCAAGAAGAAGACUUUCCCUGCCCUCUUUGGACUUUACCGCAACCAGUUCCUGCCUCAAAACAUCAAGAUCGUCGGAUAUGCCCGGACGAAGAUGGAUCACCCCGAAUACAUCAAGCGCGUUCGAUCAUACAUCAAGACCCCUACCAAGGAUAUUGAGAGACAACUCGACGAGUUCUGCGAGCUUUGCUCCUAUGUCUCUGGCCAAUAUGAUCGUGACGAUUCCUUCCAGAACCUCGACAGCCACCUGAAAGAGCUUGAGCAGGGACGUAAGGAGGCGCACCGUCUCUUCUACAUGGCGCUUCCACCAAGCGUUUUUACAAUCGUCUCGCAGCACCUCAAGAAGUGCUGCUACCCUACCAAUGGCAUUGCUCGGGUUAUUGUCGAGAAGCCAUUCGGCAAGGAUCUUGCCUCGUCUCGUGAGCUGCAAAAGUCAUUGGAGCCCGACUGGAGCGAGGAUGAGCUUUUCCGAAUCGACCACUACCUCGGAAAGGAGAUGGUCAAAAACAUUCUCAUUCUGCGCUUUGGAAACGAAUUCUUCGGCGCCACCUGGAACAGACACCAUAUCGACAACGUCCAGAUCACAUUCAAGGAGCCUUUCGGUACCGAAGGUCGGGGUGGUUACUUCGACGAGUUCGGCAUCAUCCGCGAUGUCAUGCAGAACCACUUGCUGCAGGUCUUGACCCUGUUGGCCAUGGAACGUCCCAUCUCCUUCUCCGCUGAGGACAUUCGUGACGAGAAGGUUCGCGUUCUCAGAGGAAUCCCAGCCAUCGAGCCCAAGAACGUCAUCAUUGGCCAAUACGGAAAGUCGCUCGACGGUAGCAAGCCCUCGUACAAGGAAGACGACACUGUCCCCAAGGAGUCGCGAUGCCCUACCUUCUGCGCUCUGGUCGCAUACAUUAAGAACGAGCGAUGGGACGGUGUGCCUUUCAUCAUGAAGGCUGGCAAGGCCUUGAACGAGCAGAAGACCGAGAUCAGAAUUCAGUUCAAGGACGUCACCAGCGGUAUCUUCAAGGAUAUCCCCAGAAACGAGCUUGUCCUGCGCAUCCAACCCAACGAGAGUGUUUACCUGAAGAUGAACUCCAAGCUGCCCGGUCUUAGCAUGCAAACUGUGCUCACCGAGCUCGAUCUUACCUACCGCCGCCGUUUCUCUGACCUUAAGAUCCCCGAGGCCUACGAAUCCUUGAUUCUGGACUGCCUCAAGGGCGACCACUCCAACUUCGUUCGUGACGACGAGUUGGAUGCCAGCUGGAGAAUCUUCACCCCCCUUCUGCACUACCUCGAUGACAACAAGGAGAUUGUCCCCAUGGAGUAUCCUUAUGGCUCAAGAGGUCCGGCUGUCUUGGAUGACUUUACAGCCAGCUACGGAUACAAGUUCAGCGAUGCUUCAGGAUACCAAUGGCCAACCACAUCGGCAGUUCCUCCUAACAAGUUGUAAGUAACCAUUAACUUGGUACUUUGGGCGGAUCAUCUGAUCCGGCAUUACGAUGAUAUCUACACUAUAGAAACUUACUACUUUUCGGUCUGGGUCAUGAUGAAUGAAAAGGGCGAACUAUUUUCGAGGCGGCGUAGCGCAUUUGAGGCAUAUAUAGGUUCGCCGGUACUUUUUGCUUUCCGCGUAUGUUUAUCUCAGUG